AUGGCUGCCGGGCUCCCCAAAAUCGCUAUGCGACCUCUCGUCGUCGCUCUUGGCCAGCUUAGAGUCUCCAUUCCUGUUUCCACCAGUGCCGACGAGUGGAUCUCUGCCGAGGUCCUUAGAGACGAGUUCGUGCACGAGCAAUCCGUCAUAGACACCGUAGACAACACCGCCGAGCUCGAAGAUCAAGCAGAAGCCAUCGUCGAGUUGACUGCUCGCUUUUUGGGGCAUGUCGCCAAAAAGGCAAACCAACUGCCUGAGUCGGUAGACGCCCGUAUUUCCCUCCUCCUCCACGUCUUCAAACAUUUUUCGUCGACGUACCUCACAAAGAAGGACAUCCACUCCCUGGCCGCGUCAUACGACACCGAAGUUCGCAAGGCCGUCCUGUCUUCCUACAUUCUCGCGCUUGCAACUUUGCGAGCGAGCUCCUCCGCCGACCAGAUCCCUUCGGCUCCCAAAUCAGCGCUUCUUAGUGCUGUUUCCAAUGACAAGGCCUCCGUUUUCGCCCUUUUUGGCGGACAAGGCACGAACGAAGUCUAUUUCGACGAGUUGCAAUCGCUCUACGACAUUUAUCAGCCAUUUGUCGCGCAAUUCAUCGAAAUCGUCACCAAAGAUGCGCUUAUCCCUCUUGCUGCAGCGCAAAACUCCACAUUCCACUACACGUUCGGCCUCGAUGUCGUUUCGUGGCUUUCUGGCGCGUCUCCACGACCCUCGACCGCCUAUCUCGCAUCUGUCCCAGUGUCCUUCCCGCUUAUUGGUCUGACACAACUCGUGCAAUACCUCGUUGCUUGCAACGUGGCUGGCCUAACACCUGGCGAGUAUCGCGAUACACUUGCGGGUGCAACUGGCCAUUCCCAAGGCAUCGUGUCUGCUGUUGCCAUCUCGGCUUCUACUUCCUUCGAGUCGUUCACCGCCAACGGUCUCAAAGCUAUCAAAUGGCUCUUCUUCUCGGGUCUUCGUGGCCAACAAGCCUUCCCUGUCGUUGCCCUCGAGCCGGGCAUCGUGAAUGACUCCGUCGAGGGCGGCGAGGGCACCCCCAGCCCGAUGUUAUCCGUCACGGGCCUGAAGCUCGUUGAACUCGAGUCGCAUAUUAAGAAGACAAACACGCACCUUGCCGAGAAUGCUCAAAUCAGCGUCUCCCUUCACAAUGGCCCCCGCGCCUUCGUCGUUACCGGGCCAGCUCGCUCCCUCUAUGGCCUUGUCACCAGCCUUCGGAAGGUUCGUGCUCUGAGCGGCCUUGACCAGAGCAAGAUUCCCUUCUCUCAACGCAAGCCCGUCUUCUCUGUUCGUUUCCUCGUUGUUGGUGUUCCGUACCACAGCGGAUACCUUGUCGGCCAGACGGAGAAGAUCAUGGCUGAGGAUUUGAAUGGGGAGGAGUUGUGGGCGGCCUCUGAUCUGGCGAUUCCCGUUUUUAACACGGAGGAUGGGUCUGACCUUCGUCAGCUAUCGACUUCCAUCACUCAGUCCCUCUGCGAGCAAAUUUUCACGAGGGCAAUCCACUGGUCUGCAGCGACUAACUUCCCCGAGACCGCUACCCAUGCCGUCGACUUUGGACCUGGAGGACUGAGCGGAAUUGGUCCUUUGACCGCGAGGAACCUCGAUGGCCGAGGUGUCCGUGUUAUCGUUGUGGGCGACCGCGCCAAGGGCGACGCAGAGUUGUAUGAUUCUCAGAGUGUCAAGUACGAGGACUGGUGGACGAAGAAGUUCUCGCCGAGUUUGGUGAAGACAAGCGAUGGCACCAUGUAUGUCGACACUCCAUUCUCGCGUCUCCUCGGCAAGCCACCGAUUAUGGUCGCCGGUAUGACCCCUUCUACUGUCCAAGCCGGUUUCGUCAGUGCCGUCCUCGACGCUGGAUAUCAUAUUGAGCUCGCUGGUGGUGGCCACUACAACAACGCCGCUCUCCGCUCCAAAGUUGCGGAAAUACAGGCCAAAAUUCCCGCUGGUGUCGGUCUGACGCUCAAUGCCCUUUACAUCAACCAGCGCCAAUUCGGCUUCCAACUCCCACUGUGGCAAGAGCUCCGUAAAGAGGGUCUCCCCAUCGAAGGUUUCUGUGUCGCGGCCGGUAUCCCGAGCACGGAGAAGGCUGCAGACAUCAUUGGUGGUCUCCGUCUCGCUGGUAUCCGCCAUGUUGCCUUCAAGCCCGGCUCAGUGGACGGCAUCAGACAAGUUGUCGCCAUCGCCGCUGCCAACGCCGACUUCCCCGUCAUCCUCCAAUGGACUGGUGGUCGUGCUGGUGGUCACCACUCGUACGAGGACUUCCAUCAACCCAUUGUCCAAACCUACCGCGCAAUCCGCCAACAACCCAAUAUCUCUCUCGUUGGUGGCAGUGGUUUCGGUGCCGCUGAGGAUGUUUGGCCAUACUUGACUGGUGAAUGGGCCGUCAAGUACGAAGUUCAACCGAUGCCUUUUGAUGGAUUCCUUUUCGCUAGUCGCGUCAUGGUGGCUAAGGAAGCGCAUACCAGCUCUUCGGUCAAGGACCUCAUUGUUGCUGCUUCUGGUGUCGACGAUGCUCAAUGGGAGGGUACCUACACCAAACCCACCGGCGGCAUUUUGACUGUCAGGUCCGAGCUUGGCGAGCCAAUCCACAAGGUUGCAACUCGUGGUGUCAAAUUGUGGAAAGAGUUCGACGACACCGUUUUCAAGAUGCCAAAGGAGAAGCGUGCCGCUUGGUUGUUGGAGCGACGGGACGAGAUUAUUGGCAAGUUGAAUCGCGACUUCAGCAAGCCGUGGUUUGGUUGGAAGAAGGAUGGCAGUGUUGCAAAGGAACUCGGUGACAUGACCUACGAGGAAACCGUCCUGCGUAUGGUCCGCUUGAUGUUCGUUGCCCACGAACAACGGUGGGUUGAUGUCUCGUUGCGCAACUUGACCGGCGAUUGGCUUCGUCGGGUUGAAGAGCGUUUCGCGGGUGUGAACGGUGGUGGACAGAAGCCUUCUCUGCUUCAGUCUUACAAGUCCCUGGAAGACCCCCUGCCUUUCAUCGAGUCCUUCUUGAAGGAGUAUCCGAUUGCUACUAAGCAGCUCCUUGCCGCAGAAGACUCCGCCUACUUCCUCGCCAUCUCCCAACGUCCCGGUCAAAAGCCUGUCCCCUUCAUUCCUGUCCUCGAUGCUACUUUCGAAGUCUGGUUCAAGAAGGACUCUCUUUGGGCUGCUGAAGACAUCGAGGCUGUCUUCGACCAAGACCCCCAGCGCGUUUGCAUCCUUCAAGGCCCCAUGGCUGUUAAGCACUCGAAGGUCAAGGACGAGCCGAUCAAGGAUAUGUUGGGCAACAUUCAUGCCGAACUUAUUCAACGUCUUCUUGCUUCCAAGUACAACGGCGACGAAAGCAAAGUUCCCACCAUCGACUACCUCGCUGCCCAUCCCAUUCCUCCUCCCGUUGUCCCGUGCAUUAAACGCACCCAACAGAAGAACGAGGUCACUUUCGAGUUCGUCGACCGCUUGCCUGUUACCUCGGUUUGGCUCAGAACCUUGGGCGGUCAAGAGCUGAGCUGGUUGCGCGCUUUGACCACUUCGACGACCAUCGUUCAAGGCACUUCUUACAUCGACAAUCCCAUCAAGCGACUUCUUGCGCCACGAACAGGCCAGAAGAUUGUUGUCGGCUACGAGAAUGGCGCUCCCGUUUCGGUCUCCCUCUAUGGUAGCGCUCGUUCUUACGGCGAGCACAAGGAGUUGUUCAAGGCCGUUGAAAUCAAGUACUCCCCGACAACGAAACUCAUCGACAUCACCAUUUUCGAAGAUCGUCGCGAUGUGUCUGUUCCGCUCUCCCUCCAAUUCGAGUACAAGCCGUCGCAGGGCUUCGCGCCCAUUCACGAAAUCGCCACUGAUCGCAACACGCGCAUCAAGCAGUUCUACUGGAAGUUGUGGUAUGGAGAUGAUGCUGUCCUCCCCCAAAUCGACAUCCACGAAACCUUCCAUGGUCCCGAGGUCACCAUCGAGAGUGCUGCUGUCGAGCAAUUCUGUGCUAUUGUGGGCAACCAGGGCGAGUCGUUCUCCACCGUUCGCAACGAGGAAGUGACCGCGCCAAUGGAUUUCGCGAUUGUGACUGGCUGGCAGGCUAUUAUGAAGUCAAUUUUCCCCGCCUCCAUCGACGGCGACUUGCUCCGUCUGGUCCAUUUGUCCAACGGCUUCCGCAUGCUCGACGGCGAGAAACCCCUUCGCGCCGGAGAUGUUUGCAAGGCUGAGGCCAAGAUUGUGUCGGUCAGCAACACCGACCCGGGCAAAGUGGUCAAGGUCAAGGGUCACGUGUACCGGGCCGGGAAGCCGGUCAUCGAGGUCGUUUCCGCCUUCCUCUACCGUGGUCGCUUUACCGACUACGAGAACACUUUCGAGACGACGGAGGAACCUGACUACGUUGUCAAGCUCGAAACGGAUGCUGCUGUUGGUGUUCUACAAUCGAAGGAAUGGUUCGAGUGGAUCGACGAGUCGAAGCCGUUGUUGGCUGGAACGAGUUUGAUUUUCCGUGUCCAAUCUCAAGUCACUUUCAAGGACAAGACCUCGUACAGCAAUGUCACCGUCACCGGUCAAGUCUUCGUCCGCAACCAGCUGAAGGAGCUCAUUCCCGUUGGCUCAAUCGACUUCGAGCAAGAUGAUUGCCGCGGUAACCCGGUCGUUGCUUACAUUCAACGACAUGGUGUCGCGCAAGGUCUCUCGACGCCUCUCCCCAACGAGGGCUAUACAUUGAAUUCGACCCCAAUUUCGUUCCACGCUCCUCUUACCAACGAGCCUUACUCGAAGGUCUCGGGUGACUUCAAUCCCAUCCACAUCAACCCGUACUUCUCCGACUAUGCCUCCCUCCCUGCCACGAUCACCCAUGGAUUGUGGUCCAGCGCGGCUACUCGCCGCUAUGUCGAGACUGUUGUUGCCAAGGGUCACCCUGAACGCGUUCUCUCCUACGACGUCUCCUUCGUUGGCAUGGUCAUUCCUGGUGACGAACUUAGCGUCAAAAUUCGCCACGUUGGCAUGCGGGAUGGAAACAUCGUUGUCAACAUUGCCACUUCUAACUCUCGUGGCGAGAAGGUGCUGGAGGGCUCGGCCGAGGUUUCGCAACCCACCACGGUCUACGUUUUCACGGGUCAAGGUUCGCAAGAGCAGGGCAUGGGCAUGGACUUGUACAACUCCUCGCCUGCUGCUCGUGCUGUCUGGGAUGGAGCCGACACCCACUUGCUUGCGGUCUACGGCUUCUCGAUCGUCGAGAUCGUCAAAGACAACCCGAAGGAGAAGACAAUCCACUUUGGUGGUAUCAAGGGUCAAGCUAUUCGUCGUCGCUACAUGGACAUGACCUACGACACAAUGGAUAAGGACGGGAACGUCAAGACCCUCCCGCUCUUCUCGGACAUUGAUGUUCGCACGCCCAAGUACACCUUCAGCCACCCGCAAGGUCUGCUUUUCGCUACCCAGUUCGCUCAAAUCGCGCUUGUCGUCACUGAGAAGGCUGCUUUCGAGGACAUGCGCAUGAAGGGCUUUGUCCAGAAGGACUGCGCUUUCGCUGGCCACAGUCUUGGAGAGUAUUCUGCGCUGGCCUCAAUUGCCGAUGUCCUCCACAUCUCCGCCCUCGUCGAUGUCGUGUUCUACCGUGGUAUUACCAUGCAGCGCGCUGUCGAGCGUGACGCGCACAACCGCUCCAACUACGCGAUGUGUGCUGUUAACCCGAGUCGCAUCUCCAAGACUUUCACUGAUGCGGCGUUGCGAGAGGUUGUUGAUACUAUUUCGACUUUGACCGGUACUUUGCUUGAGAUUGUCAACUUCAAUGUCGAGGGUCAACAAUACGUCUGCGCUGGAGAGCUUGUCGCUCUGCAGACGAUGACGAAUGUGCUUAACUACUUGAAGAUUCAGAAGAUCGACAUUUCCAAGCUGACGGAGCAGUUCACCGUCGAAAAGGUCAAGGAGAUGUUGGGCGACAUCGUCAAAGAAUGCUUCGGUCGUGCCCAAGACCAGCAAAAGGCCGAGGGCUACAUCAAGCUCGAGCGUGGCUUUGCGACGAUCCCGCUCCCCGGUAUCGAUGUGCCGUUCCACUCACGCUACCUCUGGGCUGGAGUCUUGCCCUUCCGAGCUUACUUGUCGAAGAAGAUCAAUGUUACGCAGCUGGAUCCCGACAUGCUUAUUGGCAAAUACAUCCCCAAUCUCAUCGCCAUCCCCUUCGCUGUCACCAAGGAGUACGCGCAAAUCAUUUACGACCAGACUUCUUCCCCGCGUCUCGACAAAGUUCUCAAGAAGUGGGACCAGGAGAACUGGGCAAGUGCCGAGCAACGUCAGAAGCUCGCCUACAUCAUCCUUGUCGAGCUCCUCGCCUACCAAUUCGCGUCACCUGUCCGCUGGAUUCAAACUCAGGAUCGCCUUUUCACCGAGUUUGCUUUCGAACGCUUGAUUGAACUUGGCCCCUCUCCCACUUUGACCGGAAUGGCCACUCGUACUCUCAAGGCCAAGUACGAGGCGAAAGACGACUCGAUUAGCCGAACUCGCACCAUCCUUUGCCAUUCCAAGAACGUCAAGGAGAUCUACUACCAAUUCGAGGACGAGGCUGAGGCGGCUGCUGAAUCCGAAACUCCUGAUGCUGCUGCUGCUGCCCCCGUUGCCGCUGCCGCUGCCGCACCUGUUGCGGUCGUUGUUGCCGCUCCUUCUGGCCCAGUCGCAACUAUCGACGAUGUCCCCGUCAAGGCGAUCGAUGUCCUUACUGCCAUUGUCGCGCAGAAGUUGAAGAAACAAAUCAACGAGGUUUCCCUUUCCAAGUCCAUCAAGGACCUCGUUGGUGGCAAGUCCACUCUUCAGAACGAGAUCUUGGGUGAUCUCCAGCUCGAGUUUACCUCCGCUCCUGAGAAGGGCGAGGAACUCCCGCUCGAAGAAUUGGGAAGCGCGCUUUCUUCUGGCCACAGUGGUACUUUGGGCAAGUACACCACUGGACUGGUUUCGCGUGUCGUGGGUGGCAAGAUGCCCGGUGGUUUCAAUUCCACUGCAAUCAAGGCUCAUUUGGCGAAGACCUGGGGUCUCGGAUCGGGUCGUGCUGAUGGUGUUCUGCUUUUGGCGACAACGAUGGAGCCAGCGAAGCGUCUUGGUUCCGAAGCUGAGGCCAAGACAUGGCUUGAUGGCAUUGUUGCCAUCUACGCGCAACGGGCGGGCAUUUCGUUGUCGUCGGGAGCAGCUGCUGGCGGCGGAGGUGGUGGAGGUGGAGGCGCAGUCAUUAACAGCGAGGAGUUCCUCAAAUUCCAAGCUGAUCAGGAGACAUUUGCCGCUCAACACAUCGAGCUUUACAUGCGCUACCUCAACCGGGAUUCCCGGGCCGGCGAGACCGCGCUCGACAACGAGAAGGCGAACAGCCUUGCGCUGCAAACCAAGCUCGACAACAUCGCAAAGGAGCAUGGUGAUGUCUAUAUCGAGGGUAUUCAGCCCAUGUUCGACCCCCUCAAGGCGCGCCGAUUCGACUCGUCGUGGAAUUGGGUUCGUCAAGAUGCCCUCCUCAUGUUCUACGACAUCAUCUUUGGCCGUUUGACCACUGUCGAUCGUGAUAUCACCGCUCGUUGCAUUGCGUUGAUGAACCGUGCCGAUCCCGAGGUGCUGGCUUAUAUGCAGUACAACAUCGACCAAACCGACCCGACGAAGGGCGAGACCUAUGCGUUGGCGAAGAAAUUCGGCCAGCAACUCAUCGACAACGUCCGUGAGGUUAUUGGCAAGGAUCCCCUCUACAAAGAUGUUACUUUCCCGACUGCCCCGCACACUGAAGUCACUGCCAAGGGCGAUAUCGUCUACUCCGAAGUUGUUCGUGAGAAUGUUCGUAAACUCGAGGCCUACGUCGAGGAGAUGGCCAGCGGUGAUGCUGUUUCUGGCGCUGUCAACGUCAACAAGAUCCAGGAGGAUGUGCUGAAGCUCUGGACCGUUGUCAAGUCGCAACCUGGUAUCAGCCAGGAGCAGAAGAACCGCAUCAAGGCCCUCUACGAAGGCGUUGUUCGCUCUCUUCGCAAGACACCUGAGACCCGUCGCACUGGACCUCGUCAGCGUCGUUCGUCUUCUCAAUUCCUUCGCCCUCAAGUCAACAUUUCUUCUGUCUCCGCCGACAAGGUUCCCCUUCUUCACCUGAAGCGCAAGGUUGGAUCGAACUGGGAGUACAGCUCCAAUCUGAGUGGUGUCUACCUCGACAUUCUCCACGAAAUCGCCACAUCUGGGACGACUUUUAAAGACAAGAACGCGUUGUUGACUGGUGUUGGCAAAGGCUCAAUUGGUGUUGAAAUCGUCAAGGGUCUGCUUUCUGGUGGUGCCCAUGUCGUCAUCACCACUUCCCGCUACAACCGCUCGACUGUCGAGUAUUACCAGUCCAUCUUCCAGACGAUUGGUAGCCGUGGCUCUUCCUUGACCGUUGUUCCCUUCAACCAAGGCUCGAAACAAGAUGUCGAAGCGCUCGUUGACUACAUCUACGCCAACCUUGGAAUGGAUCUCGACUACAUCAUCCCCUUCGCCGGUGUUCCCGAAAAUGGUCGCGAAAUCGAUGGUUUGGACGACAAGUCCGAGUUGGCUCACCGCAUCAUGUUGGUCAACUUGCUCCGUAUCCUCGGUGAAGUCAAGAAGAAGAAGGCGAGCCGCCAGUUCGUUACUCGGCCAACUCAAGUCAUCCUUCCGUUGUCGCCCAACCACGGUCUGUUCGGCAAUGACGGUUUGUACUCGGAGUCGAAGAUCUCCCUGGAGACCCUGUUCCAACGUUGGGCUUCGGAGAGCUGGGGCGAGUAUCUUUGCUUGGCUGGUGCUGUUAUUGGAUGGACUCGUGGAACUGGUCUCAUGGGCCCUACCAACAUUGUCGCCCACGAGCUCGAGAGCUACGGUGUCCGCACCUUCUCUGCCAAGGAGAUGGCCUUCAACAUCCUCGGUCUGAUGCACCCGCUCCUCUUCAGCAUUACUCAAGUCGAGCCCAUCUGGGCCGACCUUAACGGUGGAAUGGACAAGUUGCCCGACUUGGCCGACAUCACGGGCCGCAUCCGGUCCGACCUCAUGAAGAAGGGCGAGCUCCGCCGCGCUAUCGCGCUCGACAACUCGGCCGACUUCAAAGUCAUCAACGGUGUUGAGGCAGAGCGACUUCUGCAGACAGUUGAUGUUACCCCUCGUGCCAACUUCCGCUUCGACUUCCCCACUCUCGAGGCACACGACAGCUUUGCUGAUUUGUCGAAGUUGCAAGGCAUGAUCGAUCUCGACAAGGUCAUGGUCAUCACUGGUUAUGGUGAAGUCGGACCAUGGGGCAGCUCGCGGACGAGGUGGGAGAUGGAGGCGCGUGGAGAGUUCACAAUCCAGGGAUGCAUCGAGAUGGCGUGGUUGAUGGGCUACAUCAAGCACUUUGACGGGCGUUUGAAGGACGGGUCGUUGUAUGUUGGCUGGGUGGACAGCAAGAGUGGUGAGCCUGUUGACGACAAGGACGUCAAGGGCCGUUACCAGAAGGAUAUUCUCGAGCACGCUGGUGUUCGUCUUAUUGAACCCGAGCUCUUCCGUGGCUACGACCCGCACAAGAAGGUCUUCAACCAGGAGAUCGAGCUCCUGCACGACCUUGAGCCCGUCGAAGUCACCGAGUCCGAGGCCAAAAAGUUCAAGCUUCACCACGCUGAGAAAUGCGACAUUUGGGCUGGCGAAGGUGAUCAAUGGUUCUUCAAGCUCAAGAAGGGCGCCCUCGUCUUUGUCCCCAAGAGCUUCUACUUCAACCGCACUGUCGCUGGACAGAUUCCGACUGGUUGGCAUGCGGGUCGCUACGGAAUUCCCGAAGACAUCAUCGCUCAAGUCGAUCGUGGCACUUUGUGGGCGCUGGUGUCGACUGCUGAAGCGCUCAAUGCUUCUGGAAUCACCGACCCGUAUGAGCUUUACAAGCACAUGCACCCGUCCGAGGUCGGCACGUGUCUUGGAAGUGGAAUGGGUGGAACGAUCAGUAUGGGCAAGAUGUUCAAGGACCGUCGCGACGAGAGGGAUGUGCAGAACGACAUUCUGCAAGAGACAUUCAUCAACACGACUGCGGGCUGGAUCAACUUGCUCCUCAUGUCGUCGAGUGGACCCGUCAAGAUUCCCGUCGGUGCUUGCGCAACCGCUCUGCAAUCACUCGAGAUUGCUUGCGACACGAUUCUCUCUGGCAAAGCCAAGGUCAUGAUUGCUGGUGGUUUCGACGACCUCAGCGAAGAAGGCUCGUUCGAGUUCGCCAACAUGAAGGCUACUAGCAGCGCCGAGUCUGAGUUUGCUAUGGGUCGCGAGCCGACUGAGAUGUCGCGUCCAGCGACUACUACUCGUGCAGGGUUCAUGGAGGCCCAAGGUACUGGUGUCCACAUCGUCAUGAGCGCCAAGACUGCUCUUGAGCUUGGUUGCCCGAUCCGUGGUGUCCUUGCUUUCACCUCAACUUCGACUGACAAAGCCGGUCGUUCUAUUCCCGCUCCUGGUCUCGGCCCUCUCACCGUUGCCCGCGAAGUUCCCUCCAAACACCCUCUCCCUAUCCUCGACCUCGCUUACCGCGCUCGCCAACUUGCCUUCCGCCGCAAACAGAUCUCGCAAUGGCUCACUCACGAGCACGCACAACUUCAAGAGGAGGUCGAGCUGCUCAAAGCGCAAGGCGAUGCUGUUGACGACGAGUUCUUCGGCGCUCGUGUUGCCAACAUCGAGAAGGAGGCUGCUCAACAAGAACGAGACGCGUUGGCGAUGUAUGGCAUGCUUGAAGGCACUGACCCGAGAGUGUCGCCGCUUCGUCGUGCGUUGGCUGUUUGGGGUCUGACAGCGGAUGAUAUUGGUGUUUUGUCGAUUCACGGAACCAGCACCAAGGCUAACGAGGAGAACGAGACACGUAUCUGGAACGACAUCUUCACUUCCCUUGCUCGAACACCUGGCAAUGCUGUUCCGAUUAUGGCACAAAAGAGCUUGCUUGGUCACUCCAAGGGUGGAUCUGCCGCCUGGCAGAUGGCUGGUUUGCUGCAGACAGUCAACAGUGGUAUUGUCCCGGGCAACAGAAAUGCCGACAACAUCGACUCGCAUUUCCAAGACCGCCGCUACCUGCUCUUCCCCUCCAAGCCUGUCCACACCGACGGCAUCCGCGCUGGUGUCAUGUCCUCUUUCGGAUUUGGCCAAGUCGGUGGUAUCGCUAUGGUCCUUCACCCGCGAUUCCUGUUUGGCGCUGUUGAGCGAUCGCAAUACGACGCGUACAAGGUCCGCCACGAAGUUCGGGCGCAGCAGUCGUACAAGGCGAUGAGCGAGAUGAUGAUCAAGCAUUCGCUGGUCCGCGUUAAGGAGGCCCCGCCUUAUUCACCCGAGCUUGAAGCGCCUGUUCUGCUCAACUCGAUGGCGCGCACGAGUUUGGAUAUCAAGACCAACUCGUACAAGUUCACAAAGCCUUCAACCGCUGUCCCGAUUGACACUGCCAACGUCGCUGCCAUCACUGAGAGCCUGGCUGCUUCUUCAACUCCCGGCAUCAUUGGAAUUGGUGUUGACCAAGAGCUCAUCUCUGCUGUACCAUCCACCAACCCGACAUUUGUCUCGCGCAACUUUACUGAUGCGGAGAUCGCCUACUGCCGAGUACAGCCCUCGCCUUCCUCCUCGUUCGCUGCUCGCUGGGCCGGCAAGGAAGCCGUGUUCAAGUCGUUGGGCGUUGCGUCCAAGGGCGCUGGCGCGGCCAUGCAAGACAUCGAGAUUGUCAACGACGAGCAGACGGGUGCGCCAGUUGUGAGGCUCCAUGGCGAGGCGAAGGCUGCCGCGGACAAGAAGGGUGUGGGCAAGGUGAUGAUCUCGCUCAGCCACUCGGAGACGGUCGCGAUUGCGUUUGCCCAGGCCACGGCUUCAUGA